UGUGGGUUAGGUUGCACCUUGCUUGAUAACUAGCGCUACCACCCUACUUAUAGUUUUGUUAGUGAGUCUAUGGUUGGUUUUAUUCAACAGGAUGAAGAGCGGAACUCGGCAGCGCUUAGCACAUCGAUUCAUUUUCAUUCGUGUCGCUGGAAUCUUGUGACGUUGGUGUUCUGCGGUUUGUCGUUAUAUUCAUAACUUCUUCGGUCAGUGAUCUAAUCGAUUCUCUUCUCCGCCCUCUUGACUGUCUGACGUCGUUUGCCGCAACAGCAACUUAAACAGUACGACACAAAAGGCUUCCAGACACCUCCGCAUUUUAAUAUCAGUAUUCUUCUGUAAAAUAUUUUAUAUUCUUAUGAGUAUAUUUUAAAAAUAAAUUUGUCUUAAUUAUAUUAAAACCAUUUACUUAUUUAUAAAAUUGGAAAACUAUCCACGCCUACGUUAAAAGGGUUACAACAUAAAACAAUAUCAUCUUAAAGACUACUCUGAUAUAAUAAGAUAAAUACCAUGGAAAACGUUGAUAACGAAAUCAUGCAACCCGGUCUUCAUCGUUUAUGGGCUAAGCGUCAAGGAAGUAUUUUGGGACCUUUGCAAGAUAUCCGAGAUGAGCUUUUGGAUGAGAAUCAUUUCGGUUAUGAUAGUCGGACAACUGAUGAAGAAAUUGGGGACAAUGCGAAAUCUAAAGAAGAAGCUUGUUGUUUAGAUAAAGAGCUGACUGAUAAUAAUGAUUCGGAAAAAUCUGUAUCCAUUCAUAAUAAUUUGAAAUAUUGUACAAGUAGUUAUUCAGAUUCUACUGAAAUUAAAGAAGUUUCUUUAAUCACUCUUGAUGGAGCUGAACUUAAUGACUUUCCUGCUAAAUAUUCUGUUCCAUUACUUAAAUCUUAUGAGUUAGCUGCUGUUGGUGUUUGGAUACAUCCCAAUAUUGUUCCAGGUUUCAAAUAUAAAGUACGACCUAUUGAUAAUGAUAAAGAGCGUACGAGAUUUUUAUUUGAUAAUCGAGCAUUAGAAUUAUUAAGCAUUGGACGAGGUUAUUCCAGACGUUUAACAUUUGAAGCGAGUCCAGGUCUUUUGAAUGAAAAUGAUAACUAUUUUUGGACAGAUUCAAUGCCUUCAGGCUAUGCAUUUCAAGUUUAUGUAGUAUCAGUUGGAGAUAAUUUUACAGUUUAUGAUGCAAAUAAUGUUGCUGUAGCUACACUUGAAGUGACUAAAGUUCAAGGUGCCCAAAAAGAAAUAACUCAUGAAAUAUCUGAAAAAGGAGAAGUCAUUAAACAGGUUGAAGUAAAUAUGUUGUGUAAAGUAGAAUGGUUUUACAAGGAAGAAUCUUUUGUAACAACACCUGUAACUGGAAUUGCUAUUGCAUCAAAAUCAUCACGCGAAUCAGCUAAGCUUGUCAACAUUUUUGAUGCAUCUAUUGGAUUAAUACCAUGUCGAGGUUACACAUUGAUACCUGGUGUUGAUAAUAAACAACGUCAACUUGUGCUUAAUGGAUGUUCUAUUGGUGAUGUCCCUACUGUUUACACAAUCACAGGUUUAGAACCAUAUGAACUACCAGUAAUAGGUACAUAUAUUGAUUCAAGAAUUACACCAGGAUUUAAUUACAAAGUACGUCCAGCUGGACAUAAACAUCAUCUAUUUAAUGGAAACGCUUUGCAAUUGGUAAAUAUUGGUAUGGGUUAUGGUAAACGAAUUACUUUUAAACCUGAUAAAAAUAACUUGAACAACAAUACUAAUUAUUUCUGGAGUGAUUCAUACCCGGAUGGCUAUGGUUUUGAACCUCAGGCUGUCUUUUGUGGAAUGAAAUUUGAUAUAAUGGAUGGUACAUUAAAAAUAGGACAAGCUACUGUAUUCCGUAGUGAUAAUCCACAAAUUGAAGAUCAACAAAGCAUUGUGAAAGGAAAAUUAGGUUCCACUAUUACAAAAUAUAUUCAUAUUGAUGUUACUUGUCAUGUGGUAUUAAAGGGUAAUGAAGUAGUUGAAGAGUCACAUGAUCUUGGUGUAUCUGGAACAGCUGUUGUUGUAAAAUACCCUAAACAAAAUGAGUCUCAGCUAUUGUACGUUGAUAAUAUUGGUUUAAGUUCUAAACUAAACAUUGUUUUUAUGAAUCAAGAAUCACAUCUCAUUUUCCAACCAAUAUAAAUUAAUCAUCACUUUAAUAAUGAACUAAAUAUUUGUCGCAAUAGAGGGCAUUACAAAAAAAUUAUAAUUGAAUUUUGUUGUUCCUCAUACAAUAAUUAAAUAUGAUCAUUACUGACUACUUGUAAAGUUUUUGAGCUUUUUCAGUACUGUAAUGUUCAAAGUACUAUUACAUUGGCUUUUAAAUUUAUAAAUCAUUAUAUUCAUUGAUUUGAAGUAAUCAUUUUACUACAUUGUAUAAUUAGUUAAAACUAUUAAUUUUAUACUGAAUUGAUGAUUAGAAGUAAGUUGCAGGGUUGGAUGUUAUGAUAUUAUUUAUAACUAUUUUUAACAGUAUUUUAUAGUAUUGUUUUACAUUGUAUGUGUUAUUUUCUCAUCCCUUAAGAAUUAUUAGGACAUUUUAUUUAAUUUAAUUAUCUCGAAAAAUGAUGAAAAUCGCCUUAUUUUUUUUUGUCAUUGUUUAUACUUAAGAAAUAUUAUCUGUAUAUUUAUGAUUUAAUUUUAUAAUUUUUGGUUUUAUUACUCAUAAAAUACAUAUAACUUAUAAGAAUAUUUACAUAAUGUGUGACUGAAUAAUAUUCAUAAAUGUUAAAAAUGUAUAACAUGAUUUAAAAUUUUUUUAUCACAAGAAAAAGAUGUAUUAAAAAAAUAAAUGUUUAUAUUGUUAAAGUCUA